UUCAUCUCAAACACAAACGAUCUUGGUUGCAACUCCAGCAGGCAACUCUCUAAGGCUCAAAACAAGCUACCUUCCUACAGAGCUGGGCAGACAGGAGUAAAGGGGAGAGCUCUAACCCUGUUCUCCCUAGCUAGCCCUCAGUAAACCGGCUAGCCAUGGAUGACAGCUCCUCACUGGGCAAAGUCAGCAGCUCUACAGAGUCCGUGGCCACCGUCACUAGUGAGGAGUUUGUUUUGGUGCAGUCCAACUCUGCUGGGUCACCGCAGGGCUCUGAGGGAAAACCAAGACUCAAGAUGUCUUGGAAUGGGAGUGAACAGCUGGAAAAAGCUAUGGAGGAGGUGCUGGAUGAUGAUGAUGAUGAGGUGAAGGUAGAGAAGAGCAAUGUGGAAAAGAUGGAGAAGCACAAGGAGCCAGAGAGCCGAGUUCCAGAGGCCCAGCCUGCAGAAGCAUGUCCGCCACCAUACAGCCCAACAGUCCUGGAGGAGGACAGUGUCCAGUUCAACAAGCUGUCCUACCUGGGUUGCACCUGGGUCAAAGCCCCUCGUAAUGAAGCAGAGGCACAGAGGGCUAUGGCCACCCUGCGAGCUGAAAGUGCCAUCCCCAUCCCCAUCACGCUGCAUGUCCCCUGUGGACCAGAUGGCUCUGUCAGGAUUGUGGACCAGGCUUCAGGCACAGAGAUUGCCUCCUUUCCAAUCUACAAGGUGCUGUUCUGUGCUCGUGGUCAAGAAGGCUCAGUGGAAAGUGACUGUUUUUCCUUUACUGAGAGUUACCGAAGUUCAGAGGACUUCCAGAUUCAUGUUUUCUCCUGUCACAUUAAAGAGGCUGUCAGUCGUAUCCUGUACAGUUUCUCUACGGCCUUUCGCCGUUCUUCACGGCCAGCAGACAUCAGGGACACAACACUGUCCAGUCCACCUGACGGUGAUCUCUAUACCUUCACUGUUUCACUGGAGAUCAGAGAGGAUGAUGGCAAAGGCAACUACAAUCCGGUGCCAAAGGACAGAGAUAAGUUCUACUUCAAGCUGAGACAGAGUGUCCAGAAGAAGGUCGUGGUUUCAGUUCAACAAAUGUGUAACAAGGAGCUGGGGAUCGAGAGGUGUUUUGGGAUGCUGCUGAGUCCAGGACAGAAAGUCUGCAACAGUGAUAUGCAUCUACUAGAGAUGGAAUCAAUGGGGAAGAGCGCUGAUGGGAAGGCCUACAUUAUCACAGGAACAUGGAACCCCAACAUGACGGCCUUCCAGCCACUGAAUGAAGACACACCUAAAGACAAACAGGCCUACAUGACGGUGGCAGUGGACCUGGUAGUGACUGAAGUAGUGGAGCCAGUUCGCUUCCUGUUGGAAACUGUAGUGAGGGUCUAUCCAUCAAAUGAACGCUUCUGGUACUUCAGCCGCAAGACCUUCAGUGAGACUUUCUACCUCAGACUCCGACAGCAGGCACCAGAGAGAGGGGGCCAGAGCGAUGCUGUGUAUGAGGUGGUGAGUCUCCAGAGGGAGGUAGAAAGAAGCAAUGAAGAAAAAGGACGACUGGCCUCACCCACUGAGGAAGAGGAGGCAGAUGAAGAUAGUGACAGUGAAAUCUCCAGUGGGACCGGAGACGUUUCCAAAGACUGUCCUGAGAAAAUACUGGAGUCCUGGGGAGGAAUUCUCAAUAGAUGGCAUGGGAACCUGUCCACUCGCCCAAAAGGUUUGUCCUCAUUGGUUCGCAGUGGCAUUCCUGAGCCACUCAGAGCUGAAGUCUGGCAGCUGCUGGCUGGUUGCCACGACAACCAUGACCUGCUUGAGCACUACCGCAUCCUCAUCACCAAGGACUCGGCACAGGAAAGUGUCAUCACCCGUGACAUCCACCGCACUUUUCCUGCACACGACUACUUCAAAGAUUCUGAUGGAGAUGGACAGGAUUCACUGUACAAGAUCUGCAAGGCCUACUCUGUCUAUGAUGAGGAAAUUGGUUAUUGCCAGGGUCAGUCAUUCCUUGCUGCUGUUCUCCUGUUACAUAUGCCUGAGGAGCAGGCCUUCUGUGUCUUGGUGAAAAUCAUGUAUGAAUAUGGCCUAAGAGCUCUCUACAAGAACAACUUUGAAGAUCUUCACUGCAAGUUCUACCAACUGGAGAGGUUGAUGCAGGAACAACUUUCAGACCUGUGGUCUCACUUCCAGGACCUAAACCUGGAGGCACACAUGUAUGCUUCCCAGUGGUUCCUAACGCUCUUCACCGCCAAAUUCCCCCUCUGCAUGGUUUUCCACAUCACUGACCUGCUGCUCUGUGAGGGACUGAACAUCAUCUUCAAUGUAGCUCUGGCCCUGCUUAAGACGUCUAAAGAGGACCUAUUGCAGGCGGACUUUGAGGGGGCUCUCAAGUUUUUCAGAGUCCAGCUCCCUAAACGAUACAGAGCUGCAGAGAAUGCCCGAAGGCUUAUGGAGCAGGCCUGCAACAUCAAGGUUCCAACCAAAAAGCUUAAGAAGUUUGAGAAGGAGUAUCAGACACUGAGAGAGAGCCAGCUGCAGCAAGAAGACCCCAUCGAGCGAUACCAGAGGGAGAACCGUCGCCUUCAGGAGGCCAGUAUGCGACUCGAACAGGAAAACGAUGACCUGGCACAUGAACUGGUAACCAGUAAGAUCGCCCUUCGGAAUGACCUUGAUCAGGCAGAAGACAAGGCCGAUGUUUUGAACAAAGAGUUGCUGACCACCAAGCAACGUCUGGUGGAGACAGAGGAGGAGAAGAAACGACAGGAGGAGGAGACCGCUCAGCUUAAGGAAGUGUUCAGGAGGGAGCUGGAAAAAGCAGAGUUGGAAAUAAAGAAAACAACAGCAAUCAUAGCUGAAUACAAACAGAUCUGCUCCCAGCUGAGCACCAGGCUAGAAAAACAGCAGGCGUCAACAAAAGAAGAGCUGGACAUCGUCAGGAAUAAAGUAAUGGGCUGUCAGAACUGUAGGGACCUGUUUAGCACACUGGGGUCCCUCCAGACUUCAUCCCCUGGCAGUGACAAGACCUCUUCGGAACCACAGGAUGACGAGAAGGACGGGCUGAAGGAGCAGCUGAGACAGCUGGAGCUGGAGCUGGCACAGACCAAACUACAGCUGGUGGAGGCCAAGUGCCGCAUUCAGGAGCUCGAGCAUCAGCGGGGAGUUCUGAUGACAGAGAUUCAAGCCACCAAGAACUCUUGGUUCAGCAAGACUCUAGGGUCCCUGAAGAGCUCCACCUCUUCUUCCUCCAGCUCCACAUCCCAGACCCCAUCCUCCCCAAAGGAAGGGACUGCCUAGAUCAAGCCCCCUCACCCUCUCUUUCCCCUGCAAGAUGCACACUAGAGCUGAGCAACACAAGCUGAAGAAGCAAAAGGCGCAAAAAUGCAGUAUUCCUUUUCCAGUAGGUGGAAAAGCAGAGCCCUUAACGGCUUCCUGGACUGCAGAUCUCCAAAAAAAAAAUAAAAAGAGGAGAGAACCAGGCAGGGGACUGGACCAUCUACCUGUAUCUGAGGGAAAUAUUAACCUUCUCCUCUUCACAAUGGAUGACACAGG